AUGAAUAAAGACAAACAAAAAUUAAAUUAUAAUCAAUCGUUAGAAAAGAGAAACAGAAUUGAUCACUCGAUAAGUUCAAUCGAAAAUUUACCUAAUGAAUUAUUCAAUGAAAUCUUCGAUUAUCUUGGUGCUUGUCAUAUGCAUCAAGUAUUUUCUAAUCUCAAUUAUCGUUUUCAAAGACUUAUUAAAUCUUCAUCUCUUUUAUUUAAAAUUACAUUUCGUCGAUCAACAUCGGAACAAAUGAUUCGUGUUAAUAACAAUCAAAUACUUUCCAUUCAUUUCUUAUCAUCAAAACAUACGAAGAUGAUCUCAUUAUUCAACUUCGAUUCGUCAUUUAUUCGUCUUGAAUCUCUUAUUUUUCAUUCAAUUAAACCAGAUAUAUUAAUAUCAUUGCUUUCUAAAUUAAUUCAUUUACCUCGACUGUUUUCAUUAACUAUCAACAUAGACAAUAUUUCAGCAGAUUUAACCGACAUUUAUCGAUCCAUUUUUGAUUUACCAAAAUUGAAAUAUAUUAGAUUUUUUGCAAUGGAACCCGAAGUGUCUGUCUCCAUGCCAUUGUGUAUCCAUAAACAAAUCAAUAAUAUUAAAUAUCUUAUUAUGAAUCAUUCAAUCACUUUAAAUAAUCUUUUUUCAAUACUUUCUUAUACAACUCAAAUAGAACACUUGAGUUUUACACAUAAAAGAUCUAGCACUUUCAAUGUUGGAUUUAUGUCGCCGAUAAUAUUACCAAAUUUAACAUAUCUUGCUAUAUAUGAAACUGAUCUUAAAUUCGGUGUAUUUGAAAUAUUCAUUACAAAGAUACAUUCAAAAUUAAAGGUUUUAUCUCUUGAAAGUCAAGCUGAAGAUAUGAAUUAUCUUAAUGCUGAUCGUUGGGAAAAAUUCAUUUUGAAAUAUUUAUCUCAAUUAGAAAAACUUUAUUUCACAUGUGAAUUCCGUGAACAUCGUCAUAGAAAUAAAAGGCAUAUGAGUACAUCAAAUAGUUUCAAUUCAUCAUUUUGGAUCGAACGACAAUGGAUAUUCGAAACUGAAAUUCAUUUAGACAUUUUCAUAUAUUCAAUUCAUCCAUAUAAAAAACGAUGGUUUGAAUAUGAUUCACAAUAUAAUAUGAUUAAUUCAUCGAAAUUUAUGCAAAUUGUUUUUACGAUUAUUUGUUAUACUGACGAAUGGUAUUAUCUGCGACGUAUUUUAACUGCAGGAGAAGUGUAUCAUUUGAAAAUUAAUAACGACGAAAUUUUUUCGACCGAAUUGAUCAGAAUGUUAAGUUUAUUACCAUAUCUUGAUUCAUUACAACUUUCUUCUUUACGAUUAUCAAAUCUAACAACUAUGAUCAAUGAAGAGAGGAAACUUCUUCCUACGGUAACAUGUCAAAAUCAAAUUACAAAAGUUUAUCUCAGAAAAAUGAAUCAAAUAGAAGAUAUUUAUUUUCUAAUUGACCAGUGUCCACGUAUGACAUAUCUUAAAGUAGAUUUUUCAAACCAUAUGGAUAUUGAAGACAAUAUACCAAAGAUUUUGAUGAAAAUUAAUACUAAAUAUAAUCAUCACAUUCGAUUAUUAUGUUUUCGUGUUGUAGUAGCGGAUGAGAAAUUAGUUGAAAAUUUAAAGAGAAUGAUUCAUUUUGAAAAAUUCUUAUUUGAUUAUAAAGUUAAACGUGUAUUUGAUGAUAUUUAUAUAGAAUGGAAAUGA